AUGUUUACAAAUACUCUAGGGACAUAAAAUACAAUGCCUUAACAAUAAUAAUAAGGUUUAUCAGGAUAGAGUGCUUUAGUUUUUGGUAAUACGGCUGUUUCCGGCAAUAUUUUUGGACAAACACAACAAUUGACUACACCAAUAGGAUAAACCUAAAAUUAAGGAAUACUUGGAUAAUAACCAAAUUAGAUUGGUUAACCUUAAGCAUUUGGAGGAUAACCAUUAUAGACAACAAAUUUAAUAUAAUAACCUUAAGGUUAGCAAAUGGGAAUUUUAGGUCAAUAAACCGCAUAAUUUGGUUAAACCUAAUAAACUGGAUUUCUAGGAUAAUAUCCUAACUUACAAGGUGGAUAAAUUGGAUAAAUGUAAUAACAACCAUUAAUAUAGCCAUAAUAGCCAUAGUAAUAAUAACCUUAAUAAUAAUAAUAAUAACAAUAACAAUAACAAUAACAAUAAUAGAAUAAAUAAUAUACAAUUUAAUAAAUAAAAAAUGAAACAUAGAAACACAUUGAUAACUUAUCUAAAACCAUAUUAAAUAAAGAAAAAAUUGAAAAAAAUUAAAAAAAUUUGUAGUUAAUUGAAAAAAAUUCUCUUAGAAAUAUUUAGUAAUAAUAACAAUAAUAACCUCAGGUGAAUCAUUCUAUUGGAUAUGGUAUAUCUUAAUAAUAAGGACAAAGACCAAUAUAAAAAGUUGAUCCAAGAAAUCAUACUGCAAAAGUUGAAAAAUAUUAUAGUGAAUGGAAUAAGGGAAUUUAAAGAAUUGUAUAAAAAUAAGGAGAAACUAUUAAUCAAUUAAAUGAAUUAAAUUCUCUGUUAUGCCAAUAAGAAACUUUUUAUGGUAUUGUAAAAUGUAAAAUUAAUUAGAAAUAGAUGAAGAGUCAUUGAUAGAUUCUAUUAAAUAACUUGGAAAAGAACUCAAUUAAUUAGAAUAUAAGAUUGUAGAUAUAGUAAAAUUGUAGGAGAAAAUUUUAGGAUUAGAAAAAGAAGAAUCAGAAUGGGAUCAAAUUGUUAAUAAUUUGAGCGAAUGUCUAACCCUCCUAGAAAUUUAAACUGUAAAUAAUAGAAAUUUUAUAAUUUUAGAAAGAAGUGGAAGAACAAUUACAUUAAGCUGAAAUUCAUCCAAAAAUAGUAAAUAAAUGA